UUAUAUUUUCAUUGGCAAUUAAUUUAAGAUAUCAACAUAAAGUCAAAAUGCCUGCUAAAUUCAAAAUAUCUUACUUCGACAUUAAAGGAAGAGGAGAACUGCCUCGACUUGUGUUUGCUUUGGCUGGAAAAGAGUUUGAGGACGAGAGACUGAGUGGCGAUAAAUGGACAGCUUUCAAACUAAAAACACCAUAUGGUCAGAUGCCUAUAUUAACUGUAGAUGAUAACACAAUGAUAAACCAGACGGGUGCCAUUAUCCGGCACCUUGCUCGUGAAUUUGGAUUGUAUGGUUCAAAUAAUAUGGAAAAUACAAAGUGUGACAUCAUCAUUGAAACUGUAUUCGACCUGUUCAGUGCUGUGAUUAAACAAUAUUUAGAAAAGGAUGAAGCUAAAAAGGAAGAACUGGGUAAAAAGUUUAGUACAGAUGUUUUACCCCAAUUUUUCACAUAUUUGUGCAAGUUACUGAAAGAAAAUGGUGGAAAAUGUCUCGUAGGAUCUAAGUUGACAGUUGCGGAUAUGGCUGCUUUUGACAUGAUUGAUAGACUAACAUCUAACCCAAAAAUGGGCGAAGGUGUGUACAAAGACUUUGCUGAAGUCAAAAAGUUUUACGAAAGUGUGAAAACAAAUGCUAAUGUACAGAAAUAUUUAGAGAGGCGACCGGCAUCGGAUUUGUAAAUCAACGAACACACUCAUCUUUAUUUUAUUUAUUUAUUUAAACAUUUACAUGGUUCAGCAUCAUUAAACAUAGAUAUGAGAACAAAUCUUUAAUAUUAUUUACAUUGUAUACAACAGUACAUGUUUGUUCUACUUAUUUUUUUAUAUUUAUCAUAUCUAUUUACUGAAUCUGUUUUACAAAUUGCAAUUUACUGAAUUAAAAUAUGAUGAAGCUUUAA